AUGAACUGUGGCACACUGGGUCCAUUAUUUUGUUUAUUGGACUUGCUGACUGGCAGCAUCAUUGUUCCUUCAGGUGCCACGGUUCGAGUUGCGACCCCAGUCUCUAGCAAUUGCAUGUCGAUCAUGACAAGUUCAUCAUCAGGUGUGGAGCAAGUGGUUCCUGAAAAUAGAAUUCAGGAGAUAAAAUUGCUUAAUGCAUCUGAUGAUGCCUAUGGAGGAGUCACUGUAAACAUGAAGGAGACUAUGGAUUCUGAUGACUUCAGUUCUCUGCUCAGAGCUUCAAUAUCACAAUGGAGGCAACAGGGAAAGAAGGGUAUCUGGAUCAAAUUGCCUAUUGAACAUGUGAAUCUUGUUGAGCCUGCAGUCACGGAAGGAUUUUGGUAUCAUCAUGCUGAACCAGCUUACUUAAUGCUUGUGUAUUGGAUCCCCAAAACUCCUCAUACUCUACCCGCAAAUGCUUCACAUCGAGUGGGUAUUGGUGCUUUUGUCAUGAAUCAUAAGAGAGAGGUCCUUGUAGUCCAAGAAAUUAUGGGCGCAUUCAAAGGUACAGGGGUCUGGAAGUUUCCUACCGGAGUCGUUGACGAGGGUGAGGAUUUAUGUGAGGCUGCAAUCAGGGAAGUGAAAGAAGAGACAGGAAUUGAGACAGAAUUUGUGGAAGUCCUUGCAUUCAGGCAAAGCCACAAGUCAUUCUUUGGCAAGUCCGAUUUGUUUUUCGUCUGCAUGCUGCGUCCACUCUCGUUUGAUAUACAGAUACAGAAUUUGGAGAUCGAGAGUGCACAGUGGAUGCUAGCUGAGGAGUAUGCAGCCCAACCAUUUGUGCAGAAACACAAGCUCUUCGAUUACGUUGCCAAGAUAUGCUUAGCAAAGAAAGAUAAAGACUACACCGGCUUCUCUGCCGUUUCUACCAGCACUGUCUUCUCUGGCAAAAAGAGUAAUUUGUACUUCAACAACCAGGGUGUGGAGCUGUGACAAACUUCUAAUAAUCAGCACCCAAAAAGGUUUUGGUGAACAGAAUUCUUCAGUAUAGCUGUGAGGACUGUUACAAUGUACCUUUUGGUGGAAUAAUAACCCCUUGAAGGAUUGCUUAUAGUCUUUUUCAUAUAUUUAGU